CUCCAUUUGCACAGCAGGGACAGAGGCAGGAGACGCCAUGACCCCCACCCUCACGACCCUGCUUCUCCUCGGGCUGAGUGUGGGACCCAGGACCCGAGCGCAGGCAGGGACCCUCCCUGCACCCUCCCUCUGGGCUGAGCCAGGCUCUGUGGUCCCUUGGGGUAGCACUGUGACCAUCUGGUGUCAGGGAAUCCUGGAGGCCCACGAGUUCCAUCUGGAUAAAGAUGGACACCCAAUGCCCUGGGACAGACGGAAGCCACUGGAGCCUGGGAACAAAGCCAAGUUCUCCAUCAGAUACAUGACAGAGCAGUAUGCAGGCCGAUAUCACUGUUCCUGUCAAAGCCCCACUGGCUCCUCAGAGGGCAGUGACCCCCUGGAGCUGGUGGUGACAGGUUCCCAUGCCAAACCCCGUCUCUCAGCCCUGCCCAACCCCAUGGUGACUUCAGGAGGGAAGGUGACCCUCCAGUGCACCUCAUGGACGGAAUUCCAUAGGUUCGUCCUGAUGAAGGAAGGAGAACCCAGACCCGUCUGGACCCUGGACUCCCAGCAACCCACCAGUGGACAGUUCCAGGCCCUGUUUCCUGUGGGCCCUGUGACCCCCAGCGCCAGGUGGACAUUCAGAUGCCAUGGCUAUUUCAACAACACUCCCCAGUUGUGGUCAUACCCCAGUGACCCCCUAGAACUGCUGGUCUCAGGUGAGGGAGUCUGAUUUUUUGUGUCCAGGAAGCCCCCCCUCCUGACCCAGCAGAGCCCUUUCUUGACCCCUGGACAGAGGCUGACCUUCCAGUGUUGCCCUGAUGUCGGCUAUGACAGAUUCUCUCUGUACAAGGAGGGGGCACGUGACCUUCCCCAGCACCUUAGCCUGCAGUCCCAGGCUGGGCUCUCGGGGGCCGACUUCCUCCUGGGCCCAGUGAGUGGCUCCCACGGGGGCCGGUACACAUGCUAUGGUGGACACAACCUCUCCUCCGAGUGGUCGGCCCCCAGUGACCCCCUGGACAUCCUGGUCACAGGGGUCUACAGAAAACCUUCCCUCUCAGCUCAGCCAGGUCCCCUGGUGAAAUCAGAAGGGAACAUGACCUUGCAUUGUCGCUCAGAGAUCCAGUUUGAAAGCUUCGUUCUUCACAGUGAGAGCUAUCCAAGGCAGCCCCAUCGUGAGGGUUCCCAUGCCAACUUCAUCAUGGGUCCUGUGACAGCUGCCCAUGCAGGGACCUACAGGUGCUUCGGUUUUCUGAAUCACUCCUUCUAUGAGUGGUCUACCCCCAGCGACCUCCUGGACAUCAUGAUCACAGGUCUACAUAAGAAACUUUCUCUCUGGGCCCAGCUGGGUGCCGUGCUGAGUUCAGGAGAGAACAUGACCCUGUCCUGCUGCUCAGAGAGCAACUUGGACGUGUACCAUCUACCCAGGGAUGGGCAGCUCCGUGGGCACCAGCUGGCUGAGGGGCAGAGGCACGAUGGUGCAUCCUGGGCCCACUUCCUUCUGGGUCCCGCAAAACCAGCCCUGGGUGGGACCUACAUAUGCCAUGGCUCUUUCAACUCCUCUCCCUGUGAAUGGUCAGGCCCAAGUGACCUACUGUACCUUUCUGUCACAGGAAACCUGUCAAGUAGUUGCCUUCCAUACAGAGAACCAAACUCCAAAACUGGUAACCCCAGACACUUACAUGUUCUGGCUGGCCCUUUAGUGGCCAUCGUCUUCCUCACCAUCCUUCUUUUUUUCCUCACUCAUCGCUGGUGCCAUGCCACAAAGAAUGCUGCUAUAAUGAACAGAGAGCCUGAGGUGGACAGAAUGGUGAGUAGGGAGGAUCCUCCAGCAGAAGACGCACAGGAGGUGACAUACACAGAGUUGGGUCAUUGCAUUUUCACACAGCAAAAAACCACCCCCACUUCCCAGGGGCCCAAGGAACACUCGAGUGAUGCCAGUGUAUACAUGGAAUUUGUAAGGCCAAUCAAGGCUUGA